CCUGGGGUUCCUGGAAAUAGGUGCUUGCUUGUCUGCCUGCAGCACCACGAGCACCAUCUCACGUAGGACUCGGGAGAGCUCCGCAUCUCAUCACCUCGCAAUUCAGAGUCGCAUUCAACAGAGUCAGCCCACUAAUCAAAACGGAAAAGAAAAAAAAACCUAAGUGGUCUUUCGCUAACUUUUCACUCCUUGCUGCCUUCCAGACACGUCCAUUGUGGAUUGAUUGUUUCACUGAUUGGAAUCGCUGUUGCUCGCCCCUCCCCCUCACCAGGAAGGUAAGGUAGGCAGGUAUUUUUUGCCGCCCGGCUGUUGCUUGCUAUUAUUGCUCGGCCUGCCGCGCAUUUUGCUUAUGAUUGAUCCACCACAGCCUGCCCUGCGUCUAGAAUACCACCAGCCCAGCCCGCCAGUCUUGCACGACCUUUCCCCGCCGUGUUCCCCGUCAAAGUCCUGCCAUUUGCCACAGGGUCUACUUACUGUCUGCUUCAAUUCGACAUUUGUCCAGGACACCCAAGGCACAUGUGGUUGGUGUGGUAGUGCCGCCGCCCCCGACUAUCCUCAGGUUGACUCGAGUCGACAGAGCGACGUCCUGGUCUGGUCCUGCGUCGGCCUGGUCCCUUGCAGUCGAGCCGUCUUAAGUCAACGCAACCCGGCGCCCACGCUUGGUGGUCUCCAUUUCUCAAAACCAAAUCGGCCCCUCCCUCGUCUGUGCUGGGCGUGCUGACACAACCCAAAUCUUGCCUGACCCCCCCUUCGACCUGGGCCCUCGUAACAUUCCUGUCACCACCCUCGACAAGCGCACGCCACUUGUUCAUUCCAUAUGAGUUCUAUGAACUCGCGCUUCAAAGCCUUGGGUUUUGGAAAACGUCGAUCAACUGCCAGCAUUCAACAAGGACCCGACACGCCGACCCAGCAACCAAACUCGCAAUCCGGCACCCCUCCUCCCGCUGGUCCCCCCUCGCAGAUCCCACCCGGCCCGCCCCAGCUUCCACCCGUUUUUGCCAACGUUCGCCCUGCUGCCGGUCCUGCGCCCUCGAUUGCCUCAACCUCCUCCCAACAAAGUCUGCCAAUGAAUCAUCCGGGCGCCGGUCCUCGCCCGCCUAGUUAUACGGCAAACUACCCUCCCCAAGGCGGUCCUCCUCCCCUCGGUCGCCAGAGCCCUCUCAACCAAGGUCAGACUCGUACUCCUCCUUCGCAAAUGAUUGGCGGUCCCCCUCCGAUCAACACGGGCGCCCAGGGCGUCACCGGCUACCCGCCGCCCAUGGGUGGCCCUCCUCCCGGUGCUGGUGGCCCUCCGGGCUACGCUGGUGCCCAAGGGUACCCGCCUCCGGGUCCUCCCCAGCCACAGGGUAACAUGCCCCUUGGUGGUCCAUACCAAAGAAGUGCUGCCGCCGAGGUUGAGGGUAACAGCAGAAGCAAGGCUCAAUUGAUUGUCGGCAUUGACUUUGGCACAACCUUCUCCGGUGUCGCCUUCGCGUUCGCGACGAACAACGAGGCAAAGGAGGAUAUCAUUACUGAGUGGCCUGGCGCUGGUUCAUAUACAAAACAAAAGAUUCCCACUGUCCUAUACUACGACCAAUACCAAAAGGUCGUCGGAUGGGGCCCCGAUAUUGCCGAUGCGCUUGCACCCACCGGUUACCCUAAACCGGGUGUGCAAAAGGUCGAGUGGUUCAAGCUGCAGUUGAUGCUGUCAGGAAACACUUACAUCGACCCCAUCAACCUGCCUCCCCUGCCCCCGGGCAAGUCGGAAAUCGACGUUGCCGCCGACUACCUCUUCAAGCUUCGCCAGGCAAUGCGCUCGGCCCUUCAAAAAACCUUGGGCGAGGUUUUCAACCGAGAAGAACGCAACAUCCGUUACUACCUUACAGUCCCCGCCAUCUGGAACGAUGCUGGAAAGGCUGCAACAAGGGCGGCCGCCAUCCAGGCUGGCUUCCUCCGCGAUGAGAAUGACAACAGGCUGACCCUGGUCAGUGAGCCCGAGGCUGCGGCGCUGUUUUGCUCCAAGACCGGUCUGCUCAACCUCAAGGUGCACGAUGCUGUGCUUAUUGUCGAUUGUGGUGGUGGUACUGUCGAUUUGAUCGCCUACGAGGUUGAGGAUGAGAACCCAUUCACAGUAGCCGAGUGUACUGCAGGUUCCGGUGAUUCCUGCGGAUCUACGGCACUCAACCGUAACUUCAGCAACAUCCUGCGUACCAAGAUUCGUAAGAUGAAGCUCCCCGACGGCUCAAAGACUGCUGGUCGUGUGUACGCCAAGUGCAUCAUGGACUUUGAGAACCGUAUAAAGGCGGAUUUCCGUAACAACGGACAGAAGUGGGCCGUCGACGUCGGUAUCGAGGCCGAGUUCCCCGAGGCAGGCAUCGAGGAGGGUUACAUGACCUUCACCAACGAGGAGAUUCUGCAGUGCUUCGAGCCUGUAGUUAAUCGCAUUCUUGAGCUCGUGCGCAACCAGAUCAUUGCCAUCCAGGCGCAGAACAGGACGCUCCAGAACAUUUUGGUGGUUGGUGGUUUCGGUGCAUCCGAGUAUCUCUUCCAGCAGAUCAAGCUGCAUGUGCCCCCGCAGUUCCAGUCCAAGGUUGUACGGCCCAUGGACUCAGUGGCUGCCAUCGUUAAGGGUGCGGUCACUGCCGGUAUCACAGAAAGGGUCAUUACACACCGUGUUGCUCGACGACACUACCUCAUGGCAACGCUGCAGCCGUUUAAGGAAGGCUACCAUCCCGAGGCUUACCGUGUCCCGUCCCUCGAUGGAAAGGAUAGGUGUAAAUUUACCAGGCAAAUCUUUGUCCAAAAGGGACAAAAAGUUAAGAUUGGAGAGCCGGUCAAAGUUUCAUUCUUCAGGCAGGUCGCACCGGGCGCAACGCUCAUGUAUGAGGAUAUUCUGUACGCCUGCGAUGACGACGUUUGCCCAGAGUACACCAAGGACCCUCGUAUCAAGGAGGUCGUUACCCUCACUUCGGACCUUUCGCGCAAGAAUCUAGAGAAAGACUUUGAGCGCAUGGACACACCACAGGGAACAUUUUACAGGGUGUACUUUGACAUUUACCUUACGCUGGAUGGUUCCGAGUUUAGCGCCGAGUUGGUCUGCCAAGGAGAGGUUAUGGGACGGUGCAGAGCCCGAUUCCGGUAGACAAAGGGACGAGAGAGUUAUGGAGGUAUUGGUUCCGGGAGCAUAGGGGAAGUUCAAUGUUUGGAAAGAUAUCAUCAAAACGAGGAGUUUCUGUCUUUUUUUUCCCCUUUUCUUUUUGUCUUUCAUUUCACACACACACACACACACACACACACACACACACACACAUCGGUGCACUUUGUUUACCAUUUUUCUAGCCGACAACCGAUGAGACCCAAACUAGAAAGCCGAAGUUA